GAUGUAAGGCAAUGCUUGUUUAUUGUAGACAAAUAUGAAAGAAAGGAAAUCUCCGAUGCUUCCUCAAUAUUGGUUAAUUCAUGCGAAACGCAAUACAUUUCCUUCAUAUUCUUCUGUUGAAUUUCUCUCACAACCACCCCUACACUUUUUCAGUGUCUUCUCUUCUAUAAAUUAUGGCAGGUAAUUGACAUUGGAUAGCUGUAGAGUAUUUUAGAAUAAUAAAAUGUAACGAUAUUUCUUUUUCAGUAAUAAUAAAGCGCUCUUCGCCAGACGACUUUGACUGGCCUGCAACUAUACUUCUUGUAAGCGCCUCAUUAUAGUCUUACUCGGCAUCGGAAUGUGCUUUUGCCUUAGACGAGCUAAUCGUCUGAUACCCAAUCGAUUCAGUUUUCCGUUGGUCGAAAGAGCCUUUUCAAGGCAACCAGCAAGAGGCUUUUACGACCUUGGAUCUGAAGAAGAAGAAGCAGGCUUACUUAAUAGCUAUUCUGAUUCUGAUACUGAGCAUAACAUGGAAGAUGCAGAGUUGAUUGACAAUCAAAAUGCGCUUCAAAUAACUUCUGAAUCAACCGAUGAAGGCGCACGGCGUUCAAAGUCACAAGCAAGCGAGGAAGAAGAAGAAGAAGAGUUUAGUGAAUUACAAUCUCACUAGUAUAUUUGGCAUAUUAAAUGAUACGCUAUAGGAAAAGCUGUUACUGAUAAUAAUGAAAUAAACACUGCAUGAAAGGCUUUAAGUAUGAGUAGAUUUGGGCGGAAAGUUAAAACAAAAAUUAUAAGUUGAUGUCAGCUGUGUGUGCGGUCAGCAGCCACGGAAAUUCCUGGUGGCUUGCCUAUGAAGCCCUCAAAGAUAAAAGAGAGUGUCAG